CUUGAGAGGGUGCCCGGAAGAAAGGUUUGGGUGUAUGUAGAAACGUAACCCCCCCUUCUUGCGGCAUUGUGCAGUCAGUCAGUGUGUGGAAUUUCGGACCCAAGACUCUCCCGGGUUUUUCUUUAUUUCCCGUUUCAAAAGGCAGAAUGUAAGGUGCUCUCAGCCGUUGGAUGAGACGUUUCCUCAAGAUGCGCGUUGAAUUCCAACGACUUUUAACGCCCUUCAAUUUUGCAACUGCCUCUUGACAUUGUCUGCUCUUCUCAAAGGGACAAGUCUUACCCAGAAACAAAGCCUCAAAGCCGAGUUCAAGGAAGCAAGCGCCCUGGUUUCGAUUUCUUAUACGAGUUGUUGCAUUUUCUUCUUUCCCAACAUGGCAGGAAGAAAGUGAGGCGCUAAUUGGAUCCUGAUGUAAGUGUACUCCAUAGAAAAAGAUACAUUGACAUCACCAUAACUAGAUUGGAGAAUUGGUGCUUGUGACUCGAGUGUAGAGGACAAAAGUGGCCAGAGUUUCUGAUUUAUUCAGCACAAGUCAGAGGUGUUAUCUGUGGCCUCUUGAAACCAUUGAGUGAGUAGGUUGAGUUCAAAACAUAAGCAGAAUGGACUUCAGUGAUGGGUUUGUAUCAAAAGAGCAUCUGGAGCUUCACCGAUCUGCUUCAGAAAGUGCAGAUCCAUUAUCUGUGUCUCCACUGCACAUUUCUCCAAGGUCUCCAAGGUCUCCAAAGUCCCCAAAAACUCCCAAGUCCCCCAAGUCUCCAAGGUCUCCAAAGAUGCAGGGCAAACAUGGAAAAGGAAGCCCACUCAAGCAAGAUAGGCAUUCACAUUCUUCAGUAGAUGGGCGUCCUAAAAAGGGUGGUUGUGGGGGUAAAGGCACCUGGGGAGGGUUACUUGAUACAGAUGAAAAUGACGUUCUUGACCCAAAUGACCCAAACUUCAAUAGCAGUGAGGAAUGUGAAAAUCCAAUUGCGAAAAAAGAGAGGGUCGACUUUGAGGAGUACAAAAAGAAAGCUACAAUAAUAGUGGAGGAAUACUUUACUACUGAUGACAUUACCUCAACUGCAAAUGAAUUUAGAGAACUUGAUAGACCUAACUACAGCUAUUAUUUUGUAAAGAAGCUUGUCUCUAAGGCUAUGGAUAGGCAUGACAAAGAGAAAGAAAUGGCUGCUGUUCUUUUAUCUGCACUAUAUGCUGAAUUCAUUGAUCCCCCACAAGUUUACAAAGGUUUCUGUAAACUGGUAGAAUGCGCAGAUGACUUGAUUGUCGAUAUCCCAGAUACAGUUGAUGUUCUUGCACUGUUCAUUGCCCGGGCUGUGGUUGAUGACAUACUUCCUCCUGCAUUCCUAAAAAAAGAAAUGAAUUACUUACCUAAAGAUUCAAAGGGUGUUGAAGUCUUGAAAAGAGCUGAGAAGGGCUACUUAGCAGCACCACUUCAUGCAGAAAUCAUUGAGCGGCGAUGGGGAGGUAGCAAAAAAAGGACCGUUGAGGAUGUUAAGGCUAAGAUAAACAAUUUGUUGAUAGAGUACGUAGUGAGUGGUGAUAAGAAAGAGGCAUGCAGAUGCAUCAAGGAUUUGAAAGUUCCUUUUUUCCAUCAUGAAAUAGUUAAACGAGCUCUUGUAAUGGCAAUGGAGAGGCGGCAAGCUGAAGGCCGGCUACUAGAUCUGCUGAAAGAAGCUGCUGAAGAGGGUUUAAUUAACUCGAGCCAAGUAUCAAAAGGCUUUGGUAGGAUGAUUGACUAUGUUGAUGACUUAUCACUGGACAUACCAAAUGCACGGGGCAUUUUGCAGUCAUUGAUCUCUAAGGCAGCAUCAGAAGGCUGGUUGUGUGCUUCAUCUUUGAAGUCACUCUCUUUGGAGCCAGAAAAGCGAUCAUUAGAAGAUAGUGUUGCCAGAAUUUUCAAGACAAAGGCUCAAUCUAUUAUUCAAGAGUACUUCUUGUCUGGGGAUAUCUUAGAGGUAAACAGUUGUCUAGAGUCAGAGAACAGUACUUAUUCGUCUGAGCUGAAUGCUAUCUUUGUUAAAAGAUUGAUAACUCUAGCAAUGGAUAGGAAGAAUAGGGAGAAGGAAAUGGCAUCAGUCUUACUGUCAUCCCUGUGUUUUCCAGCUGAUGAUGUUGUGAAUGGGUUUGUAAUGCUGAUAGAAUCAGCAGAUGACACAGCUCUGGAUAAUCCAGUUGUGGUUGAGGAUCUUGCAAUGUUUCUUGCUAGAUCUGUGGUGGAUGAAGUCCUAGCCCCACAACACUUGGAAGAGAUUGGAAGUCAGUGCGCGGCACCAGAGUCCAUUGGGAGCAAGGUUCUUAAAAUGGCAAAGUCAUUGCUAAAGGCUCGACUUUCUGGGGAGCGGAUACUAAGGUGUUGGGGUGGUGGAGGAAGCAGCAGACCUGGAUGGGCAGUUGAGGACGUUAAGGACAAGAUUGGAAAGUUGCUAGAAGAGUUUGAGUCUGGAGGGGGCGUCAGAGAGGCUUGCCGGUGCAUGAAGGAAUUAGGCAUGCCAUUUUUCAAUCAUGAGGUUGUCAAAAAAGCUUUGGUGGCAAUUAUGGAAAAGAAGAAUGAAAGACUUUGGAUUUUGCUUGAGGAAUGUUUUGGCUCUGGACUCAUAACAAUGAACCAAAUGACAAAGGGGUUUGGGAGAGUAGCAGAGUCUCUAGAAGACUUGGCUUUGGAUGUCCCUGAUGUCCAGAAACAGUUUACCCGUUAUGUUGAGCGAGCAAAGAAUGCAGGGUGGUUGGAUUCCUCAUUUAGUUUCAGCAAAUCAGGACACAUUACAGAGAAUGGCACUGGCUAACUUGUUAACUUGUAUUCCAAUUUGUCUGAUCGUAAAUGCGAUGUGAGUGCAUAAGCACAAACACAUGUAUGCAAACAAGCAUAUUCAUAAGUGCAAUACAACACACAUUGUAAACUUCUGGUUACAUUUUCCUUGAGCAUCUUAUUUAGCUCCUUUCUUCCUUUC